GUUGUACACAUGUUUUCUCCCUGCGACGGCUAACGAUGAGGUUGCUUCUAGGGCAAGCUAUUUACUGGACACUUUUCUCUGUGUCUGCGCAUGCACGCACACUUGAUGUCAAUAGGCAGACGGUCCUGGGCGCGGGAACACAAGGCUCUCUGGACGCGGAUGAUGGUCUCCUGAAGUCUUUCUCAGUGCUGCCAGACAAGGGCUGGGGUGUGGAUGACAUUCUGGACGAAGCCGGAGCAACCGGGGCGGAUGUUUGGCGGAUCAGCCAGUCUCACGUCGAUAUUUACUUCCCCACACUACAUGACUACAUGACUUCUCCGUUUCAUGACAUUGAUCUUCCGCACAACACCUCGCGCGUAUCCAGGGCGGCGCUAGUCCCUCCGUCUUCUAGUGGUCGGGACACCGGCCCUUCGUCAUGGAACUUGACGUCACUAUCGAACUCGACAUUCCACUCCGUCUACCAUCCUCUGGAAGAAAUCGAGGAGUUUGUGGAGGCGAUGGCAUUUCUGUAUCCAGAUCUCGUGCAGCUUGUAAACAUUGGACAUUCGGCGGAGGGGCGCGAGAUGGUCGCAAUGCGUAUCUCGAAGGGAUAUGGCGGCAGCUUGAAGCAGAAGGCUGGCUUUGUGGUGACGGGUGCCCAGCAUGCACGAGAGUGGGUCGCAACAUCUACGGCACUGUAUCUCACUCAUGCACUUGUUGCGGGCGCAUCUGAGCCCUACGCCAUGUCCUCCCUUCUUGACUACUACGACUUCUAUGUCAUCCCUGUCCCCAAUCCAGAUGGAUAUGUGUACACCUGGGAGCACAAUCGACUCUGGUACAAGAACCGGCAGGUCAUUGGCCCACAUGAGAAAUGCGUUGGGAUAGACAUGAAUAGGAACUGGGGGCACAAGUGGAAAGCCAAAGCGCGCUUCCCCACCGUCAAGGCCAAUAAGCCCUCGACGCCAACGGAUCCCUGCACACCGUGGUACCCUGGUCACCGCGCGUUCGAGGCCCCGGAGGUCAACAACAUCGCGAACUUUAUCACCACGCUGCCUGCGCUCAAGGCGUACAUCGACCUCAGGAGCUACGGGCAGAUCCUGUCGACACCGUGGGCGUACUCGUGUAAGAAGACGCCAAAAGACGCAGAGGAUCAGAUUGAGGCGGCACACGGCGCGGCUAGGGCAAUCAAACAGGCGCAUGGAACGGCGUUCACUACAGGGACCCUCUGUUCGAUGUUGUACAAGGCGCCCGGGAAUGUCGUAGACUGGAUGUAUGCGAAGGCAGGAAUCAAGUACGCCUACGCUGUCCAUCUUCGCGACACCGGUACUUAUGGUUUCUCUCUGCCUCCGGAGUGGAUCCGGCCAGUCGGUGAGGAAUCGGCGAAGAUGAUCCAGUUCUUAGCGGAAUUUAUCCAUACCAUACCCAAAUGAAACUUAUUGCUGUCAUCCUUGCUCGCUCACCGAUUCUUGCUACCUUUAUGUGCCUGUUGCAUCUAUCUGUACCAUCGCUGUUGUUGUCUGUUUUUUUUACGGCCGAUGAUGUCUUGUAUUAUAAUAGCCCUUGUCUGUGCCAGUGUUGAAACGUUGACCUUUGACAAUG